UUCCUCGUAUUUUAGUUCGUGUCGUUGGCUUUCUGGCUGUCAACACGGCGUGUAAACAGCUACACGGAACAGAGCCGCGUUCAGAGGUUGUUGUCCACCCAAAUUCUCCCCGUUAACCGCUAUCUGUGAAUGGGAAGGGUCGUGGGGGAACCCCGCUGCUGACCGUGUAGCCCAGCAUUAGGAGGGAAAGUCGGUAUCUGUCGGUUUCGGUGUGCGGGGGACGGAGGCGGCUAAGCGGCGCUUGUCGACGACCAUGGCAGCGGUGACCGUCGUGGAGGCUGAUCCGGCGGCGAGCGAAGGCGGCGCCGCUUUCUCCGGCGUCCAGGGCAGAGGCUGGGACGAGUCCCAGCUCCGAAAAUACUCCUUCCCAACCAAGACCAUCCCCCGGCUCUCUCACACGGACCCCAGGGCAGAGAUGCUUAUAAACAACGAGGAACCUGUGGUCUUAACAGACACAAACCUCGUAUACCCAGCUCUCAAAUGGGACAUUGCGUACCUCCAGGAGAACAUUGGAAAUGGAGACUUUUCUGUUUACACGGCAGAAAACCACAAAUUCCUGUACUACGACGAGAAAAAAAUGUCCAACUUUGAGAACUUUGUGCCCAAGUCUCGGCGGAUGGAAAUGAAAUUCUCAGAAUUCGUGGAUAAAAUGCACGAAACAGAAGAAAUGGGGGGAGAGGAGAGGGUGUAUCUGCAGCAGACCCUGAACGACACAGUAGGGAAGAAGAUUGUUGUUGACUUUCUCGGUUUCAACUGGAACUGGAUCAACAAGCAGCAAGCCAAGAGAAACUGGGGACAGCUAACGUCCAACCUUCUCCUCAUAGGCAUGGAGGGCAAUGUGACACCAGCACAUUAUGACGAGCAGCAGAACUUCUUUGCACAGAUCAAAGGUCACAAAAGGUGCAUCCUCUUCCCUCCAGACCAGUUUGAGUGUCUCUAUCCAUACCCCGUCCAUCACCCCUGUGACAGACAGAGCCAAGUUGACUUUGAUAACCCAGACUAUGAGAAGUUCCCCAAUUUUAAAAAUGUUGUUGGCUAUGAGGCUGUCGUGGGACCUGGAGAUGUGCUAUACAUCCCCAUGUAUUGGUGGCAUCACAUUGAAUCGCUGCUGAACGGCGGAGUCACCAUCACUGUAAACUUCUGGUACAAAGGCGCCCCCACACCUAAGAGGAUAGAAUACCCUCUGCGAGCCCAUCAGAAGGUGGCCAUCAUGAGAAAUAUUGAGAAGAUGCUGGGAGAGGCACUUGGAGACCCACAUGAAGUCGGGCCUCUACUGAAGACAAUGAUCAAGGGGCGAUAUGACCAGGAUCUCAGUUAGGAGCCUCCUCGCUCAAAGCUUUUCGGAAACAGUGUGCAUGUGAAACAGACUCUGCUGUGUGUGUGCGUGUGUGUGUGUGUGAUGCGCAUUCUCUGUUCGGAGCUACGUUAUCACUGCAUGGCGGUAAGCGGCCAUCUUGAAAAUAUCCAGUCUUCAAGUGCCAUUGUCGUUGCAAAUACAGCAAUUACAGAAGACGCAGAAUUGGGAAGAAUGGGAAUUUGACCUACUUGAAGAAUUUUUUUGUUUUGUUUUGUUUUCGAUGACUGAAUUUGGCAAACACUUCUACAUCAAUCAGUGUGCUCUCAAAAGUCUUACAAUUCAAGCUAAUUGGGCAUUAGCUUUAAUUGUGAUUCGUCCGAGAUUGGUACCUUUGGAGCAACCUCAACAUUUUGACCACUAAAGGAUGAGUCGAGGGGUAUUAUACUGUAUAUACAAUAGACAUACGUGGAAUAACUCAGAUGUGGUUUGAUUCAUACAUUUGGAAUGAUUUACUGUACUCUCCAUCUAUAUCACAUACAACUGUUUUUGGGAAUAUUUAUCCAUAUUAUCUCCACGCUUUCAGGCAGUGAUCAUUUAUUUGGUUCAGAGACGCUUAAGCACAGACAAUAAAAACCCUAAAGCACCGUGAUUCAUAAUGAUGAAAUUUAAUUAUUAAGAAAUGUGUAUGGGUGUGAAAAAAGGAGGCUUGAAUAUUCAGCUGAAGGAAUGUGUGGCUGCAGUUUUUUUUAAGCAGAGUGAUUGCUGUUUGUUUUAUAAAUGUUUCUGCUUGUGGUUUGUAUUUCAAGGACUUUAUUGAAUGUGCUGUUCGGCAUACCAGUGAUUCACGCGGGAGUAUGGAAAAUAAAUGACACUGCAGUUUUUAAUUGCAAAUACAGCAAAGAAUCAAUCUUUGGGGAAACUUCUUAAAGAGUUAUUGCAGGCGGUGUUUUAUUGGGAAUACAAUUAUUAAUACAGUUUUGUGUUUUAAAAAAAAAAUGGUAAAAAUGCAUUAAGGAUAGAUUUAUGUUAUAAUACUUUUAGCUGACUGAACUCACAGCCGACGUCGGACGGCGUGUAGCGUAGCAUCAGCCAUUGCAGUGCAACGUAAAACACCAUCUAGUGGUCAGGUUUGCAUGUUACGCUCAACAGUGCACUAUACUGCUACAAUACAAUUAUUCAGUAUGUUGUAUUAAUUAUAGCAGAUCUAUGAUAAAAUGAUGCUGCGAUGUGUGCAAACCCGUACUUAUGAUAUGUGUAGGUUUUAACUAUCCUCCAGAAUGCACUUAUUUCUACUGUCACAGCCAUAUCCUGAAGACCCUGAAGGUGACGCCAUCUUGAAAGAUGGCAACCGCUUGUUUGCAAGUUCAAAGUGCUCUCUCGAAUUGUUGUUGAAACAAAAGGGAGGAUAAUUUCAUAUAUAUAUUGUAAAAAUAUAUUGUGCUGUACGUGCCAAACCAUCUUCAUAUUAAGGAACCUGCUGAGGCACCGGAUGAAUCGGGAAGAAGUCAACUUUAAAAAUAGUGCGAAGAGUUUUGUUCUGAUUACGGUUCAGCCAUUUAAUUGGUGACAUUGUGUGUGUGUGUGUGUGUGUAUGUAUUUCUCAGAUUGCACAAAAAAAAAAAGCUCUUCUGUAAAAAUAAUUUCGUUAAGAUGUUUCAUCUCUCCUCUAUUGCUAGUUUGAUUGUUUACUGUAUGUGCCUUGCCUAACAUCGCUUGGCAUUUAAUGUCACAACAAGAACUUCAUAAGUUUUUCAGUUUUAUGGUAUUCACUCUGGCAUUAAACGGCUUUAAAGGUGAAACUGACCGCUGUCCCUGAAGAUAAAGGCCUGUUUUUUUUUUUUGUUUUUUGAACAUGUGCUCUCCUUGUUCUUCUGAUUAAAGUUUGUUUUCAAAUUUUGAAA